UCUCCCCAGGCCUGAGAAGGAUGGUGCAGCCACCUGUGUGGACGCUGUCUGCACCCACCACCCUGACGCCGUGGGCCACCAUGCCUCUGUGCUGGGAGCUGAGUGUCGCCACCUGUCUGCUCUUCCUCUCGGUGGCUCCUGGCUCUGCAGCCCAGAGUUUAUCUAUCAAGAGAGAGCACCAGCUACAUUUCUGCAUCAUCAGCUGGAACCUCAGCAUCUCGGAGCCCACAUCCUCGGAGUACUCUGCCCUGCUGAGAGACACCCAGGACCAGGUCACCAAGCUCUACAGAGGCAGCCAGCUUUGAGACAUAUUCCACUCCUGCCUGGUCACCAACUUGAUGUAGGUUGAGGAGAUUGGAAGCAUUGGCUGAGCUGGUGGCUGAUGACUCUGAGCUCCCGUGACACAUCAUUGAUCUGGAAGUCACUUACA